AUGCUCCACCGAUCUUUACAACUACUCUACAAAAGACAAAACACUCACGCGGGUCUACUACUAAGGCUUGUCCGAUUCAAGUCCUACGAAGCAGCGCCGGGGCGAGCGAAGAAAGUUCCCAAAAAGAAAAUAGGUGCCCAGAAGUUGCGCAGGACAGAUCCCAAUUUCCAAAAGGAGUCCACCAGCUACAUCUUGUCCCUCUUGAGCCAAAAUCGAGACCAUGCAGCUUCGAACCCGUUGGAUAAGUACUUGAGCAUCGUAACUUCGGUGACCGUGGGGGACUCCAUCAAUUUGGAACAAGUGCUACCUGCAGUGCAAACGUUGAAACACGAAAUCGUGAUUCCUGAGGAAGCCCUCAGCAUCAAAUUGCCCAACAGCAACUUAAUGGUGCUCUCCAAUGGGACAUUAGUAGGCUGGAACUUGACUGAAGAGGAGAUUGUGGAAAAAUAUUUACCGAUGUUGGAGAAUGCCAUCGAAUCAAAGUUUGAAGAGUUUGAAAGCGAGGAAAUCGACUGGAUCGAAUUGCAGGAGGUUCCAAAGGAGCCGCUCAAUAAUGGCAAUAGCUACUUACACGGAGAAAUACUAGUGGUGCAAGGCGCCGAUGCCGAAAAGAGAACCUUGGACAUGGCGGCGUUUGCCAUAGGAUUGAGCCGAUCUACAAGAUUGUCCAUCUUGGAAACACAACUAGAUGAGUUUUUAGAGUUGGCCAAAAAGAACUCGGACAUUUUGGCCCGCGGCAAGAGGCUAACGACAACCGAGCACGAGAUGCUUCAAAUCACGGGCAAGUUGUUCUUGUUGCGGGGCAAAUUGAACUUAUAUUCAGAGCUCAUCGACACUCCGGAUCUUUACUGGAGCGAACCGUUUUUGGAAAGGAUAUACAAUUCAGUGUCCAAGAUUCUCGACAUCAACUCUAGAAUCUCGAUUAUGAAUCGAAAGUUGGAUUACGCUACAGAAGAACAACGGGCAUUUCUCAGUGUUUUGAAUGAGAAAAAGUCAACGAGAUUGGAAUGGAUUAUUAUCUUGUUGAUCAUGGUGGAAGUUGGGUUUGAAGUAUUCCACUUUUAUGAGAAACAGCAGGAGGUGAAACAAAGGGCCGAGGAAAACAAAUUGCAAAUAAAGGAAAACGGGAAAAACUGA